GGACUGUUCUUAGCAUAAUAAAUUGAUAAAUUUAUUCAAUAGUGCUCUUAGAACACAUUUUUUGUUCUUAAAUUAGAACUGAUUUUAGAAGAGUUCUUUGUCUACGUGGCAAUGGUUGAGAUUGAGAAAGAGACUUAAAUUUUUUUUUUGUUUCGCAAUCUCACAGCAAUAUCAAAUCAAAUCAUCUUCUGAUCGUCGUCUUCCACAAUUUCUUUUCACCAGAGCUUUUUCCCCGAUCGAUUUACUGACUCCGACGUCACCUCUCUUUCCCCCAGUUCUUAGUUGCAAUUCCCAUUUGGGAACAAUGAGUGAUGCGUUUGAUGGAUACGAGCGGCAGUAUUGUGAGCUCUCAGCGAGUCUUUCGAAGAAAUGUUCCUCAGCUAUUGCACUUGAUGGAGAACAGAAGAAGCAGAAGCUCUCUGAAAUCAAAUCUGGGCUGGAUAAUGCGGAAUUAUUGAUUAGGAAAAUGGAUCUUGAGGCAAGGAGCCUUCCACCAAGUCUUAAGUCCAGCCUCCUUGUCAAAUUAAGAGAAUUCAAGUCUGAUUUGAACAAUUUCAAAACCGAAGUAAAGAGAAUCACAACUCGAACCUUGAACGCUGCUGCUCGAGAUGAGUUUUUGGAAGCUGGUAUGGCCGACACAAAAACGGCUUCGGCUGAUCAAAGAUCAAGAUUGAUGAUGUCAACUGAGCGUUUGGGCCGAACCUAGAAGCUAGAAGAAAAGAUAACUUGUAUCUAGAAGGUGAUGUACGAUGUUUGAAAUGAUGUUAAUGUUGCAAAGGUUCAUGUAUCAAAUGUAAAAUAAAAAUUGAUUAUUAUAUUAUUAAAGAUUACGAUCUUAAAGAUGUUUUCCCUAUAA